AAAGAAAUAAAAUACAAAAAAAAUACACAACAAAUAAUUAAAGCAAAGGCAGCGACAGAGAGCUGGCGUGUAGGCGUAGCUUAGCGCCGCAGGAGCACAAUUGACUGUUAAUCUCUGUCGUCUCCUCACCACCCGCCCCCGCACUACUACCACCUACAACUUCUCCUUCUCUCUACACCACAAAAAGAAAAGCCAAGUACUACUACUAUUAUCAGCAGGAGCAGCAGCAGCAGCAGCAUCAGCAGCAGCAGCAGCUAGUCUUAUCGCAUUAUUCAUCAUGGAUAACUUGAUACCUAUUGUUAAUAAGCUGCAAGAUGCCUUCACAUCAUUGGGCGUGCACAUGCAAUUGGAUUUGCCACAAAUUGCGGUAGUUGGUGGCCAAUCUGCAGGAAAAAGUUCGGUGCUCGAGAAUUUUGUUGGCAAAGAUUUCCUUCCUCGUGGUUCUGGUAUUGUUACUCGUCGACCUUUGAUCUUACAAUUGAUCAAUGGCAUCACCGAAUAUGGCGAGUUUUUACAUUGCAAGGGUAAAAAGUUCACAAGCUUCGAUGAGAUACGAAAGGAAAUCGAAGAUGAGACAGAUCGUGUGACCGGUAGUAAUAAGGGCAUUUCAAACAUUCCGAUUAAUUUGCGCGUCUAUUCGCCACAUGUGCUCAAUUUGACACUAAUCGAUUUGCCUGGUCUAACCAAGGUGGCCAUUGGUGAUCAGCCAGCGGACAUUGAGCAGCAGAUUAAGCAAAUGAUAUUCCAAUUUAUACGCAAGGAGACAUGCCUGAUAUUGGCUGUGACACCGGCCAAUACCGAUUUGGCCAAUUCGGAUGCCCUCAAGUUGGCCAAAGAGGUCGAUCCGCAGGGUGUGCGCACAAUUGGUGUGAUAACCAAGCUCGAUCUCAUGGACGAGGGCACCGAUGCUCGAGAUAUUCUUGAGAACAAAUUGCUACCGCUGCGUCGUGGCUAUAUUGGUGUUGUCAAUCGUUCGCAAAAGGAUAUCGAGGGCCGCAAGGAUAUCCAUAUGGCACUUUCCGCUGAGCGCAAAUUCUUCCUUAGCCACCCAUCCUAUCGCCAUAUGGCCGAUCGUUUGGGCACACCCUAUUUGCAGCGUGUACUCAAUCAACAGUUGACCAAUCACAUACGCGAUACAUUGCCCGGCCUGCGGGAUAAAUUGCAAAAACAAAUGUUGACCCUGGAGAAAGAAGUCGAGGAGUUUAAGCACUUUCAGCCAGGCGAUGCCAGCAUUAAAACAAAGGCCAUGCUACAAAUGAUCCAGCAACUGCAAUCGGACUUUGAACGAACCAUUGAAGGCAGUGGUUCUGCUUUGGUCAAUACAAAUGAGCUAUCCGGUGGCGCUAAGAUAAAUCGCAUAUUCCACGAGCGUUUGCGCUUUGAGAUUGUCAAAAUGGCUUGCGAUGAGAAGGAAUUGCGACGAGAGAUCUCAUUUGCCAUUCGUAACAUUCAUGGUAUUCGUGUUGGUCUCUUCACUCCGGACAUGGCCUUUGAGGCGAUUGUUAAACGGCAGAUUGCUCUGCUCAAGGAGCCGGUUAUCAAGUGUGUCGAUCUAGUCGUACAGGAAUUGUCUGUUGUGGUGCGCAUGUGCACCGAUAAGAUGAGCCGCUAUCCACGUUUGCGUGAGGAAACUGAACGCAUCAUUGCCACCCAUGUGCGUCAGCGUGAACAGAGCUGCAAGGAACAAAUUCUGUUGCUUAUUGAUUUUGAAUUGGCCUAUAUGAAUACCAAUCAUGAGGAUUUCAUUGGUUUUGCCAAGUAUGUUUUACCAAAUGAAUAUCAUCCCCCUAUAUCCCACCCCCCUAAUCUUCUCGCUUUCUUUCUUCUCUUCGUCGAUAGUGCUCAGAAUAAAUCUGAGAAUGCAAACAAGACAGGCACACGACAGCUUGGUAAUCAAGUCAUACGCAAAGGUCACAUGGUCAUACAGAAUUUGGGCAUUAUGAAAGGCGGAUCGCGACCUUAUUGGUUUGUGCUUACAUCGGAGAGCAUCUCCUGGUACAAGGACGAGGAUGAGAAGGAAAAGAAAUUCAUGUUGCCGUUGGAUGGUUUGAAAUUACGAGAUAUUGAGCAGGGCUUUAUGUCAAUGUCUAGACGUGUUACAUUUGCUUUAUUCAGUCCCGAUGGACGUAAUGUUUAUAAGGAUUACAAACAACUGGAAUUAUCCUGCGAGACGGUCGAAGAUGUCGAAUCAUGGAAGGCCUCAUUCCUACGCGCUGGUGUCUAUCCUGAAAAGCAGGAGGCUCAGGAAAAUGGUGACGAGACGGCCAGUGAGGAAAGCUCAUCGGAUCCCCAAUUGGAGCGACAAGUGGAGACAAUACGCAAUCUGGUUGACUCCUAUAUGAAAAUAGUCACAAAGACCACACGGGAUAUGGUGCCGAAGGCCAUUAUGAUGCUGAUCAUUAACAAUGCCAAAGAUUUCAUCAAUGGCGAGCUAUUGGCCCAUCUAUAUGCCUCUGGUGAUCAGGCACAAAUGAUGGAAGAAUCCGCCGAAUCAGCAACGCGACGUGAGGAAAUGUUGCGCAUGUAUCGUGCCUGCAAAGAUGCUUUGCAAAUUAUUGGUGACGUUUCCAUGGCAACUGUUUCGUCACCAUUGCCACCACCGGUUAAGAACGAUUGGCUACCAAGUGGCUUGGAUAAUCCACGUCUAUCGCCACCAAGUCCCGGUGGACCACGUAAACCAGCACCCACCGCACAGGGCUCUUUGGGUGGACGAAAUCCACCAUUGCCACCGGCAACUGGUCGCCCAGCACCAGCAAUUCCAAGUCGUCCUGGAGGCGGAGCACCUCCACUACCUGGCGGUCGGCCAGGUGGUGCUCUGCCGCCCCCACUGCUGCCCUCACGUCGCUAAAUUGUGUCAGAGUCAGCCGCCUCAUGCCCUAGCCAACAGCCCCACAGCCGAGGCAUUUACUCUUAACUAACUAACUAAAUUAACUGUAUUAACUAAAACAUUGCUCUUGCUUUAUCCAAAAAGAAAAACAAGGAAGAACAUACAAAACAGAACUUGAUAGAAAUUCAAAACUGUCAAACACACACACACACACAAAUAUACCCACACAUUACUCAGCUCUCUCGACAACGACAAAAAGAAAGAAAGGAAAAAUAGAAAAAUCUAUAAACAACAAUAUAUUAACUAAAAUGUAUGUAUUAUAAUCAUUAUGCGUUUCAUUAUUAUUAUUAUAAUUAUGAUUAUUGUAAUUUACAAAGUAAAUAUCAUUAACUAAAAUAUGAAGACAAAAUAUAUAAUAUAUACCUACAUACACAUACAUAUAAACAAAA